AUGAGCAAACCCUUGGCUCCCAAACACAGAGGGUUGUCCACCUAUGAGAAGGAAUGCUUAGCUAUACUCAUGGUCGUGGAGCAAUGGCGUCCCUACUUACAACAUGAUGAAUUUCAGAUAUGGACAGAUCAGCAUAGUCUGGUGCAUUUAGAUGAUCAGAGGUUGUCAACAGUGUGGCAGCAGAAAACAUUUACCAAGCUCUUGGGGUUGCGCUACAAAAUUUGCUACAGAUAG